AUGUCAAGUCCACAGGCUUUAAUAGCAGAAGCGGAAAAGUUGCUUAAACCCCAGCUGGGUUUCCUUCUGUUCAUCACAGGCUCGUCAUCGAGUCUCAGGAAAGAAGACGCCACCGAUCUAUACAUACAAGCAGCAAACAGCUAUAGAUUAAGCAAAGACUUCAAUCAAGCCGGCAACCAGUUCUUGAAAGCAGCAGAGAUUCAACAAAGCUUGGGCAAUCACAACGAUGCUGCUAAUCACUUGGUCGAGGCGUACAAGUGUUUUAAAAGCUCGUCACCUACAGAUGCAAUUCGUGCUUUGUCGCAAGCUAUUCAUAUUUUUUUGACUCAAAAUGGUCAAUUUCGAAGAGCAGCCAACUUCACCAUGGAUUUGGCGGAGUUGUAUGAAAGUGUCGGUGAUACUCCCAAUGCUAUCAAGAGUUACGAGCAGGCCGGUGACUACUUCACAACUGAUCACGCCGAGGCCCUCUCAAAUAAGGCGUUUUUGAAAUGCGCAGACUUGUCUGCUUCUACGGGUGACUACAAAAAGGCCGUUGAAUUGUACGACGUGGUGGUAAAGAACUCCUUGAACAAUUCCUUGACGAAAUGGAGCUUGAAGGACUAUUUCUUCAAAAUUCUCUUGUGCAUCUUGUGUACCAAUGAUACGGUGGAAGCUGAAAAGCGAAUGGAGAAAUUUGCUGAAGACGACCCCAACUGGACAAACUCAAGAAAGUUUAAGCUCGUUGAAGGAAUCUUGGAAAGUAUCCAGAAUGGCGAUGUCGAGGAUUUCUCGGAUAAGGUGUUUGAAUUUGACAAGUUUAGCAAGUUGGAUAAGUUAAAGACCCAGUUGUUGUUGAAGAUCAAGACUUCUGUUGUUGAUAAUGACGACGUUGACCUUUUAUAG